CAGACAGCCGGCGCGUGAGGUUUCUAAUAAAUUUUAUUCUCUCUAGUGUUCUUCAUACUACCACGUUGUUUUAAAGAUAAUCUCCUGUCUUGGAAUAACAUCCAUAACAACAACUUGAAGUAUUAAUUGUGACAAAUAAUUAAAUUUGUAAACGUGAUUAGUGACGUGUUUAGUGUCAAGUGAAUGUCACGGAUACUAAGCAUGUUUUAUCUUUGAUGAGAAAAUAAAUAAACAAUGGAAUAAUUUUGUUUCUGCAUGAGCCAAGUUAAGAGUGUAUGAAAAAUAUAGGUGGGAGCCAAAUACGGCGGAGUAACUUCAAUCAUGACGAUGGACGUGAGUAAAUCGGAAACGAAUAAAAACGGUUCAGCGCAGCAGGAGAUAUGCGCGGGAUGCGGCAAAACCAUAACAGAAAGGUUUCUCCUAAAAGCCUUAGACUUAUUUUGGCACGAGGAUUGCCUGAAGUGCGGAUGCUGUGACUGUCGAUUAGGCGAAGUAGGAUCAACAUUAUACACAAAAGCGAAUUUAAUACUCUGCAAAAGAGAUUACCUGAGGCUAUUUGGCAACACAGGCUACUGUUCGGCUUGUUCUAAAGUAAUACCAGCAUUCGAGAUGGUAAUGAGAGCUCGGGCAAACGUUUACCACUUGGAGUGCUUUGCUUGUCAGCAGUGUAAUCAUCGCUUUUGUGUGGGGGACAGGUUUUACCUUUGCGAGAAUAAAAUUCUGUGCGAGUACGACUAUGAGGAGAGAUUAGUCUUCGCGAACAUGGCCCUACAUCCCCCGGUGUCAUUGACACACUUGAAGAGACAGUUACCGCCGACACCAACGCCUCCGGGAGCCACGCAAAAUCUCCAUCCGGGUCACAAUCAGAUUCAUCAAGGACAUCCGCCACAGACGCUUGGACAAUCAAUUCAACACAAUCAUGUCAAUGGACAAAUAUCAAGUGCGCCAGUGAAUGGGAUGUCUGGGCCACGUGGUCCUGGUGACAUGAACAAUAACGGGCUAUCGGGCCCAGGUUUGGGGCCAGUUAAACCUCCGCCAAUGUCAAUGCCCGCGCCAACCAGCUGAGACGAGGCCCCGCCUAUGAAAAAGCUCCGGUGUCUUGAUAGCUAUUAAACAACUUAAUAAAUAAAUAAAUAACUAAUUAAUAAAUUAAUUAAUUAAGUUUAAUACUAAGUAAGUAAAUUUAAAAACUAACAGCUAUCAGAACUAACGUCCAAGCUGAAUAAAACAAAAAAAAAUUCAUGUGCGGAGAAUUUUCGCAUUCGUGAUUAAUCGGACAAAGUGACAGUGAUAAGGAUAAAAAUAAAAUAAUGUAUGAUAUUUAAGUAAAAUCGAAGCUUAUGUAAGAUAUUUUUUCGAUUGAGUGCACUCGCACAUGUAAAUAAUAAAUUUAAUAUUAAAUAUUAAUAAUAAUAUUAAUAAAUAGAGUAAUAAGUGGGACAAAAAUUUAAAAAAAUUAAUUCGAGACGUGAAUGGCAAUAGACUAAAAUAUAUAAAUAAAUGGGUAUACGAUAAAUAGACUUGAGAAUUUUAAAAUAAUAAAUUACUGAUAAGGUAAAAGAUCUAGUGCCCAAUCAGGGAACUGCUAUCUGGUCAUAAAGUAUUGAGCCUAAAUUUAAAAUAUGAAUAACUUGUACUUUAAAAAAUCGCAUUGAAACGUGAAACAUAUAGAUCACCAAAUUGGAGUAUCUUCUACUCCGAUCCAAAAUUUCACGAACCUAAAAAAUUUGUUACCCGAAAUAUAAACAAUUGGAGGGUUAAAAAAAACGUGGAUUUUGGCGGGUAUAAAUUCAAGCACCAACUUUGAUUGUUAUAACUUCGUAAAUAAUUGUUCUGUUGCUACGCUGAUUUUUUUGGUGUACAUUAGAUCCUUUCCGAAUAGAAUUCAUGGAAAAAAAAUUUGUUUUUUUCAUAAAUUAUCGAUAUAAUUUAUAAUUUAUCGUCACAGGCUAUCUCAGGAGCUAAUGAAGAUACUAAUUUGAUUCAAAUUUGUAUUGACACAGAAAAAUGCAUCUAUAUUUAGUAAAAUUGGGUAAAUAUAGAUAUAGAAAUAUAUGUGAUCGGGUAGUAGUUCCCUGAUUGGGUACUGGGUUUGUUACCUUACUUAUGGUUUAUUAAUUUAUUUAUUUUUACUCUCGUACAGCUGUACCAAAGAUGUUGCUCUAAGUAUCGCAAUCGCGAUUCCUGUUUCAAUUUUUUUUUUAAAGAUCUUGAUACUGAUUUAAUUACUUGCAUACUGUAAUAGUUUAUUAAGUUAUAUAUAAAUAUAUAUAUACAGAAAUAAAAUAAUAAACCAGUGAGAAAUAAUUUUUUAGUCAUAAAUUUUAUGUUCAUGUAAUUUCAAUACCAAAUUAAUGUACCAAACUAUAAGCACUGAUUAUAUAUAUUUUUUUAUUGAUCCUUUAACAAACUUGAAAAUUUUUAUUUCUGUUAAAAAUAAUUAAUUUUUAUUUUAAUGAGCAAAAAAAAGUUUUAAAAAAAAUGAAUGAACAUAAAAACUAAUUGAAUGAAGAAUUUGAAAACUAAAUUUUUUUAAUAAAAUUGAAUUAAUUACUCGGUAAUUAAUGGAGUUAAUUAAAAAAAAAUUAUUUUUAUAAAAAUGAAUAAAUAAAUUUUUUUGAAUAUUUGUCAAAGGAUUAAUAAAUUUGAAUAAAUAAAUAAAACGACACACUGUAUAAUCCAGUACAAAAUAAUUGCUCUGUAUAAAUGUGUACGUUAAUUGAUUUAUUGAAAAUUAAUGUAUGCGUAUAAAUGAUGUAUGUAUUUUAAUGUCUAUAAAGAUGUGAAUGUUUGAUUAAGUUGAAUGCAGAGUGUGAGAUAAAAAAUAAAAUUAUUGUUGUCCUUUUAGUAAUUAAAUGCAGUAAGCACUCUUUGUUAUUAUUCAUCAUUGUAUAUAACGUCAUCAUUAGUGCACUAUUAAUUAUGUAUAAUUAAGAUCUAUAGUUCCAUUACUACUGAGAGAAGAAAAAAAAAAGAAAAUUUAA